AUGAAUUCAAGCUCAGCAGGUGUGAGUGUACUUCAAAGUGGGUUGUCGAGCAGCGCACUUGACGAUCUACUCUCUGACUGUUUCGCCAUCCCGACAGACGAAUAUACCACGCAACAACAAAUACGACAACAUCAACCGGACCAGCAACAAGCGGAUUGUUACUUCCAGCGACAAUUGAAUAUCAAGAGAGAGAAUGAGGCUGCCAACACUGCACCUCAGUUCUUCGUCGCGCCCUUGGCCCUGACUUCAGCACCCGACGCGGCGUCAAUCAUUUCCGACAGCACAUCGUCCCCCUCAACACGGAGCUCUCAUGUGUGGCAGGACUCGUCCGCGACAAACUCUUUGUUGUCUCCAGUGAGCUCCGUACUAUCGCCGCCGAAUUCGAACAUCAAGUCUCCUCCAGUCGACCCCUUGAUCAUAAGCCCCGAGCACGAGACGAAACCCUUGCCGGGAGAAGCACUCGAUUCGCCAAAGAGGCGGCGCGGCAGACCUCGUCUCGCAGAGCCCAAGACACGAGCGGCAGACGCGCCAGCGACGGCCACAUCAUCGACGGUAGCGAAGGUGCAGAAGAAGUCCGCAGCCGCGCGACGCGCUUCGACGGCAUCCGCGAGCGGCGCCGACGAUGCCAAGGCUCCAAAAACCACCGAAGACAAAAAGAAUCGCAUCCGCGCCCGCAACAGAGAGGCUGCGUACAAGUGCCGGCAAAAGAAGCAGAAGGGGAUCGAUGAGCUGCAGUCGCAGGAGGUGGUUGUGGAAAAUGUCAACAAGAGCCUACACGCUGAGGCGUCUCUGCUGCGGAGCGAGAUCUUGAUGCUGAAGAAUAUGGUUCUUCAGCAUGGUGGAUGCGGAUUUUCUUUCAUCGAAGAAUACAUCUCGGGCGCUGCGCAGAACUUGGUCUCGUCAAGCAUGGCGGCGAAUGCGACAACGGCCAAUGCGGGAGCAGCGAUGAGCAACACAGCAGUCGGAGGAGACUCAUCAAUGGACUGGGACAUGUUCGACAAUGAUAAGCGCAAAUCCGAAAUAUCAGCACUAGGUUCCGACGAUGGGUUCUCGAUGCUCGACGAUGCCUCCAUCGCUCAUGGCGGCAGAGCUCAAUCGCAGGAGUUCAUGAUGGCUUAG